UGAGCAUUCGCAUCUAACUGCUUUGUUUGACAAAACAUCUUCACAUCACUGGAACAUCUGUUCCGAUCCACAUCGUUGCGUGCAUCCCAGCUAUUCGGGAAAAAGUUAUCAACAGAAGGAUAUGGGACGGUUGCUGCGUGUCGUCACUGGUGGAAGAACUUUCUCCAGGUGCUGCGUGACUUUCCUGGCAACUUGGUUUGUCGGUUCGCUGUAUUAUUUCUACAAAUGCCAUCCAUGUUUUUGGAGGACGCAAACUACAGAAGCUUUGACUCCAGAAAAUGCACCCCUCAUAUUUGUGGGCGGCCAUGAAAGUUCAGAUGCAACAUACAUUUGGAGUCAGAUGUUGUACUUGUAAUCAGUUACCGUCUAAUUUUCAACCUGAUCCAGGCACAGGUUUGCUGCGUGUUCUUCUGGAUGUUCACCCGCUUAUCCGUUGUGGAGCGGAGCCGAUGGUCACAUUGGAUCUAUUGGGAGCAAGACAUGGAAUGAAACGCGCCAUCAUCAAUCGUGCAAUCGAGGCUGGGAUUUAUCCAGAGGCCUACGACCAGGCUGUGGCAGCAUUUAUACUCAAAGUGAUUGAGAAGAUGGGUCCUCCAGCUCCAUAUCUCUGUCACAAGCAGCCAACAACUUUCUUGUACGCAAAAUACCUUGGGUUUCUGUUUCCGAAAGCCAAGUUUGUUCACAUAUUACGUGAUGGCCGCGCUGUGGUUUCAUCUUUGAUCGAGUAAAGUUUUUGGGCAUCCCAUGGGAUCCAAUAGUAACGAGGCACGAGACCAUGCUGGCGACAAUAACGAAUCCGAACCCGUACGAACCAAGUACCAAACAGUUUAUGCAAAAGAUUCACACCAAAUCGGUCGACAGUUGGGCUGGUCCAAAAGCGGUACUGAGCAAAACGGUUCUCAAGAAUAUCACAGCAGACUGCACCCUGCUGGACACCCUUGGUUACACUGCUCUGGGGCUUCCGCCGGACUACACGAAAAUGAAUUCAACAUUGCCUGUGAUCAAGUAGUGUUAUGCAACAAGAACGGAGAACAAACAAGAAAUACCUACCCCGUUUAGUCUGUUUCUUCUCUUCUUAUUUUAGAUAGUGAGUAGUCAAACAACCGGCAGGUUGUUCUAACAUGAACCAUAAGAGAACACAGUUCACUAGACGAAACGAGUCGUGUACAACCAUAUCGACUUACAUGGCCCCAGGUAUUUGUAUUUUGUAAGAUAGAAUUAAAGUAUGAUGAAUCAGCUGCCUUGCUACAUUCCUGUGUGCGGCUUGUU